AUGGUAGGGUCUCGUACAUUACCAUUCCUAGUAGAAAGAGAUUCUGAUCGAUAUCCAUUCUGGAACACACAUACCAGGGAGAUAUCGAUGAGGUUGUGGUCACCAGAUUCUGACAAUCCUAUGAACUCAACAAACCCAAUGCCGGUUCUCGACAUUAAUUUCAAAAUAUCAGAUCCAGACACCACAACAGAGGAUCUUUUAUCAGUUGUAGUUAAGAAAAAAGAUUUGAAAUCAAAUCAAGAACAAGAGAAAAUGGGAAAGAUACAAUCAAGAGAUUUUUACAAACAAAGAAGCAAACAUUUUUCAUUUUUAAGAAGUAUCAAAACAUCAGAAAAAUUACCAAUUAUUAAACAUUCAUUUAAGAUAGCCAGAGACAAAUUAAAUGAAUUUCAUAUCUGCAUACCAAUAUCGUGUAAAAAAAUUACAAAAGAAAAUAAUGAUAUAAUAUCAUUAGAUCCAGGUUUUCGCACCUUUAUGACCGGAUGUAACGAAAAAUCAACAGCAAAACCGUGA